AGCUAGCUUGUAGCUUGUAGCCGGUUUGAUUGCUUUUAUGUUGUGUCUGGUUUGAUUUUGUCUUCCUUCUAUUUCUUUGCUUUCCGGAUCUAGUUGUAGCAAGAGUCUUAGACGUCGUUAUCAAACAUUAGCAGGGACCAUUCAUCUCACUUGGCGUGAUUCAAUCCGUACCCAUCAUAACUUUUAGUGUGAACGCAUUCCACGGAGUUGAAGAUGUUUAUGUUUCUCAUACAACUGCUUGGACUUGCAGUGUUCCUAGCGUCCAUUGCUGUAGUCGUUCUUCUGGUUUUCUCGGAUGGAGAUCUUGUCCUGAUGCGCAAGAAGCUGAGAAGAGAGUACUUUCGCGACCGUGUCGUGUGGGUAACUGGAGCAUCGUCGGGAAUUGGGGAGGCUAUUGCCAGGUCCCUGUCUCGAAUUGGCGCCAAGGUGAUAUUGUCCUCUCGCACAGAGAGCAAGCUAGAAGCAGUGCGACAAUCACUGGACCAUCCAGAUAAUGCCAAGGUGCUUGUGAUGGAUGUUGCGAACACCGACGGGAUGGAGAAGUACGUGUCUGAGGCUAUCGGCCUGUUCGGUCAUGUGGACAUGCUGGUUAACAAUGCUGGCGUAGCACAGAGGGGCCUCUACUCGCAGUUUACACUGGACACCCAGCGGCGCCUGUUCGAAGUGGACUUCUUCGGGCAGAUCACACUGACCAAGGCGCUGCUUCCACAUUUCGUGCAACGUGGCGGGGGUCACAUCGCUAACGUCUCGUCCAUUGCCGGAAAGGUGGGCAGUGCCGGACGCACCAUCUACUGUGGCGCUAAGUUUGCGCUCAUUGGCUACAUGGACGCACUGCGCAUGGAGCUACAAGGGCUGGAGGCGAACGUUGCCGUCACCAACAUCUGCCCUGGCCCGGUGGCUACCAAUGUGGAUUCUAACGCCCUGAAUGGUGAUGGGACCAGGCAUGGCCAGGCUGACAAGUUAAUACAAGGAGGCAUGAAGCCCGAGCGAUGUGCUGAGCUGAGCUUGGUCGCAAUGUCCAAUCGUCUUCCAGAGGCCUGGAUAUGUCCACAGCCUCUUCUGAUGGCUGGCUACCUUAGCCAGUACUGCCCGCACAUCUGCUUCAAACUAGCAAAGAAAGUUGCUCCUAGAAUGGUGAAGGAAGUCCAGCAGGCAACUGAAGGAUCCAAGAAGGAUAGCUAAAGUGGUGCUGUUUGUGUGGCACAUUGCAGCAGUAUCCGCUUUUCAUGCGUUUCGGUGUCAUCGUAGCGUCAGCAGAUAAUAAUACUAUGUGUACAGCUUGUUGCAUGCUGCUGGCAUAUGUUCUUCCGUUUUCUUUUCUCCCUUUCUUCAUUCUUUUGAAACGAAACAUUUUUUUCUAUAUCUAGCUACAGAAGGAAUGGUGCAUUUUCAUGUCAAAGUUCAACUUUGCACCUGUUCUUCUUUCUCUUCCUUUUCAGCAUAGUGCAGCCGGGUGUGCUGACACGGGCAGAGGUCACUGAGAGGUGCCUUUGCAUGCUGGUAGGUCAUUUAGGUAAUGAAUUUUUGGUCAAGCCUUUGUGUUCAAUUUUACACUUCAAUUGAGUGUUUUACCUACGGUAGAGUUUUGCGUGUUUCUCACAAUUAUGCACCACUAUCUAUAUAUAUAAUCCUGAAGAUGGGCCUGGCCCGAAAAUUUGGAUAGAAUUUAUUUUUUUAUUUGGAAGAAUUCGUUGCCGAGAGACCG